CCAGAUUAAAAUCAAAAUCUCUUUUAUUAUCACUCAAACAAAUACACAAGUGAAACAGUUAAGGUGAAAACUUGGGUACAGAUAAUUAGACAUUAUUACAAUCAUUUACAAUAAUCUUUUCUAUACUCAAAUUACACAAGAAACAUUUCUUUACAGUUAUUAAUCAUAACAGUACAUCAGAUGACAGAUUUUUAUAUAAACUUGUAUUUUAUAAUAUACAGUAAACACGCAUUAGGCUGUCGGUGUUACUGAGUUAUGAUGUAGAAUCUCAUAAUUUUAUAAUCUUAUUUUAAUAAUGUACAAUCAACUACAGUGCUAAAAAAGUACAAAUAAUAAUAAUUUAUGCGCUUCAGGAAAUCCUGGAUAAAAUGGCGUUUACUCCUCUGAAAUAAACGUUACAUAUGCUGUCAACUGUGUUCCUAAAGUUGCGUAAGUAAACGUUGUCAAUAAAGUCUUAAAAUAAGAUACUUUUAGAACUAUUUUAGAAUAGACCAAAAGUAACUUCACAAUAUUCCAAACAUACUUUGAAAGUCAGCAUUACUUGAAACAGAGAGUUGAAUCUGUUGUUCAAUGAUCUCAACAGAACAUGUUAAACUCAAAAGACAUUUGACAUGAAUUUGUGCUCAUCUGUCUCCGCCGUACAUCCACCGAGAACUCUUUACCCGAUGAAGACCGGUCCUCCCAUAUCACUUCAGCAGUGAAAGCUCUUCAGUCGCAGAUCCUCAUCUCCAGCACAACAAGAACAACUUUAACUAUUAAUAAUGAAUAUCUUCAUUUUCUUUGGUUGUCUCAUCUUUGUUGUAAAUGGUGUGUUUGGUGAUGAAGUGAAGUCAGUGUCAGUGAUGGAGGGAGAAUCUGUUACUCUACACACUGACAUACAGAGAGAAGAUGGGAUAAAGUGGUAUUAUGGACCUGAAAACACAGUUGUAGCAAUGAUCAAUGGAGUGGCCAGUAGCACCAAUAUUUCUAAUGAUGAGAGAUUCAUAGACAGAGUGAUGAUGGACAAUCAGACUGGAGAUCUCAUCAUCACACACAUCACAUCUCAAAACUCUGGACUUUAUAAACUGAGGAUCAGCAGAAACAAGAAAGUCUCAUACAAGAACUUUAAUCUCACUGUCUAUUCUCAUCUUCCUGUUCCUGUCAUCUCAAGAGUCUCUUCAUCAGAACGCUCAAACUGUAGUGUGUUGUGUUCAGUGAUGAAUGUGUCACAUGAUGUGAGUGUCUCCUGGUACAAAGGAAAGAGUUUAUUGUCCAGCAUCAGUGUGUCUGAUCUCAACAUCAGACUCUCUCUACCUCUGGAGGUGGAAUAUCAGGAUACAAACACAUACAGAUGUGUGGUCAACAAUCCCAUCACAAACCUCACACAACAUCUACACAUCACUCAACUCUGUCACAUGUCUUCAGAUUCUCCUCCCGUGUGGGUCAUUAUAAUAUCAGUUGUGUUUGCUCUUCUGAUCUGUGUGAUCUUCAUCAUCAUCAUCAUCAUACUCAAAAGAAAGCAUCACAAAGGUCUCAUAAAAACAUCAGAUGGUGAAGUUCCUCAGACAGAUGAAGAGAGCAGUAUAGACUCCAGCAGCACCUCUGAGGGAGAAGCCGUGAUGUUUCUGAAUAGACCAGCAGCUUCAAUAAACAUGUUUUGUGCAAAGUAUACAAAGAAAAAGCAGGAAAUCCACAUGCAGGAGACGACAGACUAAAACUUUGAAAAACAGAGAGACAUUUUCAAACAUCUAGUUGGUAUUGAAACACUGACCACAUCCAUCCAGAGUCAGACUGUGUUUGUGUUCUGAUUCUCUCUGUUAUAUUCUGUGUUUCGCUGUGUUCUGUAAAUAUUGUAAAUAAAAUGUGACAUUUA